CAGACAGCAAGAUUUUGACGGGUAAAACUUGAAGGCAGUCAGCGAGAUGUCAGCGUUUGCUCGAUUUCUCGCCGCCAUCGUGGCUGUUUGUGGAGGGAUCAUGCUCCUGGCAGCAUGGCAACAUGGAGGAGAUGUCGUCGUUCUGAAGCAGAAACAAAGCUCGAGUGCUCCCACGACGAGCAGUGUGGAGGCACAGCUAGACAAAGUACAAGAGAUGUUCAACACCAGGCAGCCGGUGCCUGGCAUGAGCAGUACUUCCGGCUUGCCUGGACCCUCCCCCUCUGACGUGUCACCAAGCACAAGCCGGGGGAGGGAGAGCGGGGGGCGAGGGGGGCAGGACAGACUCGGUCUGCAUGGCAUGACUCAGGCGUCCUUCGUACGGAGAGUCGAAGAUCAAGUGAGCCGACGAGUGGCUUCCGCGCUCCUGCGCACGAUGAAGCCUCUCAAGGAGGUGCUGCGCGAGCAGCAGCAGAAGAUUCGCAUCCUGCGCAGGCAGAGGAACAAGAUGGAGGAGGAGCAGAAGGAAAUCGCGCAGAAGCUGUCGACCAAGAUCAAGGACGGACUGCUCUCGCACUUGAAGCAGGACGUGGACGUUGAGCUGAAGCGAGAGCUGAAGCCCAGAGACAUCCUCAAGUACGAGAAGAGCAAGGCAGCCUUGAAGAAGAAGCUCCUCGCCCUCAAGCAGCACCACACCCGCAACAAGCCUGAAGAUGAGCAGGACGAGGAGCCGGAGGGGGAGGAGAAAGGGGCAGACCUUCGCAGUGCUGUGAAGCACUCCAUGAGCAGCGCUUUGGAUGGAGUUCUCAACGAGCACAAGAAGCCUCCAGUCUCUUCCCUCCAUGUCGUCUCCUCAACUUCUCCUUCGCUCUUGUUGACCAUGCCUUCGCAGAUGAAGAAGACGAAGAAGAAGUGCGAUCCCCUCGCCGGGCUCUACAAGACUGGGCUCGUGUCCUGGUGCUGAUUCGACGCUACCAGAUGUUAACGACGGGGAGACGGACAGCAAGAAAAGUAUCAUGAGUGGAGGUGAAAGAAUACAGAUGUAAUGGUAUCC